GUCUUCCGCUCCAACAGGGCAUCAGAGGGAGACACAUGAUGACGUAGCCGGUAGUUUCGGGAACCACAACAUCCGCUUGCGAUUCGUGCCGAGCCGGGCCACGCUGUGCAAGUAUGACAGUUUCAAGGUUACCGUCUGCAGCGCUUUCUCUAAAACAGUUUUUACAGAGACAGAAGGUUUUGGGGAUUUACAGAAAUAUGAUGAGGACCAUACGGAAGGUACCAGACGAGGCAGACAGGAAGUACCUCAGUGACUGGGCCAGAGCCGAGUUCAAGAGGAACAAGACCGCCACAGACCAGGAUGCCAUCCGUAUGAUGAUCACACAAGCUAACAACCAUCUAGAUGAGCUGCAGACGUCUCUGGCGUUGGCUGGCAGUUAAACACUACGGACCGAUCUAGAUCGGUUCUCUGGGGAGACCGGGUCAACCUCUGAUCGGGGUUGUGUCAUUGGAAGUGACUGAUGCAGAAUGUAUUGAAACUGGUCUUUGGCUGGACACCGUUUUGUAAGGAUGGAUUGAUGGAACGGACCUAAAGGCAUCAUGCUGCCUCCUGUGGGGAGGAUCUUAGCUCCAUUAUAUGGAGACUCAUUAACCUGUGAGGCUAACUGAGCCCAUCUGCCACACUAUAUGUACUAUAUGUAUUGUAUGUAUUAAAGAGGAACUAAUGAAACCACA